GUUGUGAUACAUUAUAACUUGAACACAAUCAGAUGCGGUGGUGGGUGUGUGUGGCGGCGUGUGUGGUGGCGCUGCAGGUGGCUGAGGCUGGCAGGAUACUCUUCAUGGCGCCCAUCUCCUCCAAGAGCCACAAGAACUUCUACAUGGGCAUUGUCAACGCCUUAGCUGACCACGGUAACCAGAUUACAAUGGUGUCACCCUACAAGCCAGCCAAGGAGAGGACCAACGUGAGAGAGGUGGUGGUAACAAACGUGGAUAUUCUGAAGGUUAUCCCCAAUCUAUUUGAAGGGAAUAAGUUCUCUGGUCCUAAACACCUGAUGUUGGCUGUGCCCACUAUGUGCUCUGACGCCCUGUCCUCGGACGAGAUGCAAAAUUUGUUGAAAGAGAAAUUUGACUUGAUUCUUCUCAGUGCAUUCCUGGGAGACUGCCUCCUGUCUGUGGUUCACCAACUGAAGUUGCCUUUCAUAUACGUGAGCCCAGCAGGAAUGAUGUCACCUUUCACUUCACUGGUCGGCAAUCCAGACUUCCCGUCCUUCGUUGUGAACCCCAUGCUGGAGAUGAGACACCCCUUGACCUUCACCCAGCGAGCGAUCAGUACCUUGAGUGGUGCUGUGUUUGAUGGCAUCUUCAACUUCUACAUCGUGAGCAGCGUGGAGGCAGAAUGUCGACGGCGCGGGCUGUGUCCAGAUGAUAUGCCCAGCCUUUCGGAAAUGCGACGAAACAACAGCCUUUUGAUAAUAAACAG